UAUAAACGAAGAUAAUGAAGCAAGUUUGUUAUUUGAAAUUUUGCCAACUUCUGAUUCUACAGGCUGCAAGGAUGAAAUUUGUGAUUCCCAUAAAGUUAUCUUUCUACAUUCAAAAACCUCAAUGUAUUUAUCUGUUAAUGUAAAACCACAUUCAGAUGAGACUGGUAUUAUAUAUGAUCUUUCUGUUCAUGAAGAUUGCAGUUCAUUGCAAACUCAGUUUGAAGUGCUACUGGUAGAUGGUGUUGCUCAAGGUGUUUUGUCUCCUCUUUGUGAUGCAUAUAAUGCCAUAGGAAUCACUUUGUUUUUUCAAGAAUCUCAUGAAAAAUUGAAAAAAGAUAAGACUUUAACAGAUGUUGAGGAAGAUGUAAACGCAAGACUAGUGGAGCUGAAAGAAGCAAACUUUGAUCACAGGCUUAAAGUCAUGUUGGAGAUGUUAAAUUUUAAGGACAUCGUGCCUAAAGACAGCAUUAAACUAGUUGAAGAAAUAUUAAGGAAGGAUGAUGAAGGGAAGUGGUGGACUCUUGAUUUGCAUAUUCAUAGUUUGCCUACAAUAGAUCUGAUCUGUCAUGUACACAUAAAAUAUAAUUUAUAGAGAUAACGUAUGAAAAAUCGCUCGAGCGGCCUGACACUAGAAUUUGGAGGGCUCCUGCUCCUCUUACAGAGUUAUUUAAUAAAAUGAAUAACUUACGUAUUGAUGCUAAACAAUUGUUGAAAAAAA